AUGUUGUUUCCGCGGCUCUUCAGCUUGGCUGCCCUCUCAGCAAGCCUCGCUUCGGCCGUCGAGCUUACAGGUUAUGAAUAUGUCGUCGUUGGGUCAGGAGCUGGUGGAGGCCCGCUCGCUGCUCGACUCGCUUUGGCUGGUCAUAAAACCCUGUUGAUCGAGGCCGGAGACGACCAGGGACUGAAUACCAACUAUACUGUUCCGGCAUAUUCGGCCAAAUCCUCAGAGGAUGGCGCGAUUGCCUGGAAUUUCUUCGUCCGCCAUUACGCAGAUGAUGAACGUCAAGCUCGCGACUAUAAAACGACCUAUGUGACCCCCGAAGGCGAGGAAUACACUGGCCUCAGCCCUCCCGAGGGCUCAACCAUGAAGGGCACUUUGUAUCCUCGCACUGGCACUCUUGGUGGCUGCACUGCCCACAAUGCUCUCAUUACUGUUUACCCACACGAAUCAGAUUUCGAUUAUAUUGCGACCCUGACCGGUGACGGGUCCUGGUCCCCAGGUAACAUGCGCAAGUAUUUUGAGCGCAUGGAGAAUAACAACUAUCUCCUCUCUGGAGCGCCUGGCCAUGGCUACGAUGGCUGGUUGAGCGAUGAAGAGGCGCCUAUCAGUAUUGUGCUGGAAGACCCUCAGCUAUUGAGCAUGUUGCUAGGUGGUGCUUUUGCAUUGGGCAAUCAUACCAACGCCAUUUUCAAUAUCGCGACACUGUUGGCUGCUGAUGCAAACAGGGAUUCAAAGUCGCGCGACACCAACCCAGGAUACUACCAAGUUCCCGUUGCCACUGAUGGAGGCAAGCGCAAUGGUCCUCGUGACUUCCUCGUGGCAGUGCGAGAUGCCACGAAUCUCGAUGGCUCCAAGAAAUAUCCACUAGACAUUCGCACCAACUGUCACGUCACCAAGGUGACCUUUGACAACGACACCUCGACUGGCACUCCUCGCGCCACUGGUGUCGAGUUCCUCGACGGUAAAUAUCUCUACCGUGCUAGUCCUCGCUCUGCUACUGCUGCCAAGGGUGUUCCAGGCAGUGCCACCGCCUCACGCGAAGUCAUCGUUGCCGGUGGAGUCUACAACUCUCCGCAGCUGCUAAAGCUGAGUGGUAUUGGCCCUGCCGAUGAGCUUCGCAAGUACGGUAUAAACAUCGUAAAGGACUUGCCCGGCGUUGGCACCAACCUGCAAGAUCACUAUGAGACCGCCGUCCAGGGCCACGUCCCCAAGAACUUCUCAGCACUAGACGGUUGUACCUUCAACGCAGCGGAUGAUCCCUGCCUGACCCGCUGGAAUAACCCAAUUCUCGGUAACCGCGGUAUCUAUUCUUCGGCCGGUUUCGCUAGCACUAUGUUCUAUAAGAGUUCAGUGACCGCAGACGACAGCUACGAUGCAUUCGUCUUCGGUGGACCGAUCAAUUUCCGUGGCUAUUUCCCGAAUUACAGUAUCAACAUCACAGAACGCCAUGACUGGUUCUCCUGGGCUAUUCUAAAGGCGCACCCUCGCAACACUGCGGGAUCUGUAACUCUGCGCUCUGCAGAUCCCCUCGAUAUGCCGGAUAUUGUCUUCAACUACUUCGAUACCGGCAGCGGCGACUACAAGGCCGAUCUACAGGCCAUCACCGAGGCUAUUAGUCUCGCCCGUGACGCAUUCGAUCGUCAGCUUGUGGAUGUAACGGAAGUGCUUCCUGGUAAGGAUGUCACCUCUGCUGAGGACAUUCACAACUACAUCAUGGAUACUGCCUGGGGCCACCAUGCCUCGUGUACUUGCCCUAUCGGCGCGGAUGACGAUCCGAUGGCUGUUCUGGAUUCGAAGUUCCGGGUUCGCGGCGUAAGCGGUCUUCGUGUUGUUGAUGCUUCGGUUUACCCUCGCAUUCCUGGCACUUUUACGGCCGUCUCGACCUAUAUGGUGGCUGAGAAGGCGGCGGAGGAUAUCAUCAACGAUGCUGGAUAUAACUAG